UCCAUUCUACCAUCAAUGCUAAAAAGCAUGUCUCUAGUCUAUCCAGACUGUUCCAUGUGAUGAGUUGUGCUCUCACGAAUAUAGAGAUAUUGCAUUUUUACCUUGUUCGUAGUCACACACAGUUACGCGUAUUUCUUUUUAUUUAUUGAAAAUAAAAGUACGAAAAGCGAAGAAAGUAUCGACAAAGAUACCCAGUGCCUGCAAUACAUGUUGUUGAAUACAUUUGAUGUUAAGCAGGAAUAUCUAUCUGCAGAGAAUACAAAUGUGAACAUUCUGAUGCGCAUCUUUGCCAGGCAGUGUGCAAUCGUAAUGGAAGCUGGCGGAAGCUCAAGUAGUGGCGAUUUAGCAAGCGCUUGUACAAAGUCGACGGGCGCCUGAGCUACAAGUCGGAUUCAUAGAUGUAUAAUGAGAAUGGGAUUACUGCAAUGUGGCGACGAUGAAUCGCGUUAACAAGUGCGGCCGUGCGCGACCGUACAGUUUAAGUUUUAUUGUAGCGCCGGAAGCAAAAUCGACCGGCGCGAUCGCCCUUCCGAGGCGUUGUCACCGUAUUCUCUGACGAUCGCUAGAACGAACGUCGCUAACAAACUUCUCUUCGCCCUGCAAGGGACGCGACGCGAGAAAAUCGGCUUCUCCGACAUAGGCUCUUUGACAAGCAUCACCGACAUGUGCCAGACGAGCGGACAAGCGAGUCAUCGCAUCGGUAGUCGUGUGCACGGUUCCGUCAGCUGAUCGUUAUUAAACAACGAGAUGUGAGAUCCGUCGCUCGUCUCUUUCUACGUCGUGCCACAACGUACGAUUUCGCGAUUCCGUUUGCCGCGACCUGAUUACCCUCCGCAUACAUUAAGACUGAGAAAGUGUGACCGGAGUGUGUGUGACUCGCGCACGAGGCGGGGGGAGCACUGAACUACGGUGGAAAUUUACAUGGGAACAUGGGGAACAAGAAUAGUUGUUGCGUUUACUCCAGUCCGCAAGCUGGACGCAAGGAAGUUGGGCCUGAGAAUGCCACGCGUAAUCUGGAAGAGCAUCUGCCGGAGGGUGGGAUUAGCGUGAACAAUUUGCAACAUAUCAGUGAACGUGAGCCGGAAGACUGGGACUCUGAUCCGUCACUGCAUCCAUGUGCGGGAACUAUUUUUAUGGAACGUUCAAAGCAAGCUAUAGAGAAUGGCAUGGUGAGAAAGAAGAGCCAGCAUCAAAUAGCAGAUACAAGGCCUUUGAAAAAGAGUAGCAGUUGCAGUACAAUAUAUCUAGAUGACAGUACAGUUUCACAACCUAAUUUGAAGAAUACCGUCAAAUGCGUUGCCUUAGCUGUUUAUUACCAUAUUAAGAAUAGAACUUCACAGCGACAAAUUGAUAUAUUUGAUGAGAAACUACACCCGUUAACGAGAGAUGGUGUUUCAGAUGAUUAUGAUAAACAUAAUCCAGAGCACAAACAAAUAUAUAAGUUUAUAAGAACUUUGUUUAAUGCUGCUCAGCUCACAGCUGAAUGUGCCAUCAUAACUUUGGUUUAUCUUGAACGCCUACUCACUUAUGCAGAGAUAGACAUAACGCCAGCCAACUGGAAACGGAUAGUAUUAGGAGCUAUUUUGUUAGCGUCUAAGGUUUGGGAUGAUCAAGCAGUAUGGAAUGUAGAUUACUGUCAAAUACUGAAAGACAUCACGGUAGAAGAUAUGAAUGAAUUAGAAAGACAAUUCCUGGAGAUGCUGCAAUUCAACAUAAAUGUUCCUUCAAGUGUAUAUGCCAAAUAUUACUUUGACCUUCGUACACUUGCGGAAGCGAACGAAUUAACAUUCCCUAGUGAACCUCUUAGUAAAGAAAAAGCGCAGAAGUUAGAAGCUAUGUCCAGAGUUUACGAAGAUAAAGUUACAGCCGAGGCUCUACGUACUGGUAUUAAAAAGUGGUCCAGCUUGGAUAACGUAUGCAUAGGUGGACCUAGACGUAGCAUCGCUAUUUUAUCUUAAAUAUAUACGGAUAUAGAUGGACGCAUGAUAAACUGUUCAGACUUUAAAUAGAGGUAUGUGGAAUUUUGUAAGAAUAUCAUUGUUACCGAUCGAUUUUAAUCAUUUUGAAAGAAAUUGUUUGAGUCGCCAAAUAUUUGUGUUACACAUUUAUCUUGCGUUAUUAUUUAAUUAUUGUGGAAUAUUUGAUGUAUCAUAUACAUCUCUACAAACUGUUUUUAUACGUUGUUCAAGCUAGAUAUAAAAAUAUCGCAUAUACCGUGUGUGUAUUGCUAUGUACUACAAUGGAAAAUUUUCCAUCGCAGAUUUGGUUUGCAAUAGCAAUCGUGAAUCUAAUCAUCAAGUAAUUUUAAAAUUUAGGCAGUUUUCAAUUUAAUAUUACUUUGCAUACAUUAUAUUUUUGUCGUCUGAAUUAAAAUUUGAGAGACACUCCAAUGUAGAAAGUUCUAAAUUGGCCUUUUCUAAUCAUAAUAACUUCUAAUCGCUUAGAUCAAUCACACUGUGUUUUCUAUCACUAAUUACGGAAAAUUAGAAAUCUUGUUUGUCAGUCAGAUCUUAUUUGUCAAUCAAUAUUGAUAUAUUUCUAUUUCUUGUGCACAAACUAUUGUCUCUUGGGACCUUAUAAUAUGGAUUAUAAUAAAGCAUAUACGAGAAUGAAGUGCAUUUUGAUGAAGUAAAGGGUGAAGAAAAAAAGUUUUAGUCGUAAUUAUCUGUACUGUUUUUAGGAGAGAAAAUAACUUGUGAUAUAUAUAUUAGUCAACUAUUCAUUAUCCAAAGCAUUUUACAUAUUGACUGAAUUUAAUAAGAAUCAAACAUACGGCUGAUUUACUAAUAACAUUCUUUGAGAAGCGAAAACAUAUACAACAUGCUUCAAACUGAAAUCAUCGAUAUUCAUAAAAAUAUAUGCUACAUAAUUUAUCAAAAUACUUCAAUUAGAAAAUUUUGCAAGCCAAAGCUGUAAUGCAUAUUGAAUGCGUAUCUUGGUAUAUAUGUCCAAAUUAUAUUUAAAUGCAUUAAUAUAUCUUUUAUUUGCGUAUUUCGCUGUCGUAUACACAUCGAAAGAUUGUUAUAUGAAAUUGUGGAUAAUUAUUAUGAAUUUAGUAGAUGAAUUAUAUACAUAAACUUUUUUAAGAUAAUAUCCUUACACUAUCUUCUGAUAUAAAUCAAAUAUUGCAUAGCAUAUAUGUAAUAACUUAUAUGAGAAAAAUUGUCGACACUUAAUUGAAUAUUGGACAGAUGACUUAUGUAUUUUGAAUAAUAGUAAAUAUAUAUAUAUAUAUAUACACACACAGCAAGAACACCAUUUAUACGUAAAGUAAGUAUAUAAUAGCGUAAACACACAUUAGCAAAUCAGCCUUUAUAACUUAUUAGGAAUUUAAGGCACAAGAUAAAUUUUAAUUUGAAUAAUAUUGCUUUUAUAUGGCGUUACUUCCAUUAAUUUAUAACUUUAGAUAAUGUGUGAGAUAAGAAUAAGCCAUGAGUGAUAUCAGGGUUGCAUUCUUCUCUUUAUAAAAUUAUAUUCAAUUAGUUGAUAAUUAAAUUUGAUUUGUAAUCAUAACUUUCUCUAUCGGACUCAUUGGAAGAAAAGGUUUGUUCCAAGAUCUCGUUCAUUUUUACUAUUUUUCACAAAUAUUACAAUAUACUGUAUUGUUAUAUAGAUACUUUAUCUGUAUAUAUACACAUAUGUUGGAUAAUUAUUCAUUAAUUUCAUGUGCAUAAUUCAGAGUCACAAAGUGGUCAUAUUUAUAUGGCCAUAAGUAUUGCUAUGUGAAACAUUCAAAUCUAACAGCGAUAUAUGAAUUAUUUCGUGAAACACGUAACGAAAUCUUCCAAAGAUCAUCGAGAUACGCUCACUGGAAAAAAGGAAAAAAUCACUUGUAUCAUACUUGUAUCAUCAUUUCCCAUUACGUGAUCAAGGUCAAAUUGAGUACCAUUAAUGUAAUCGUGUAUCAUACGCCACUAACUGACUUAUGUACGAUAUAAUUUAAAAUAUUUUGUACCCUCCUACCGGUUAUAUAUUAUAUAGAAGUUUAAAAUUAUAUAAGAUAGUCCUAUCGUAUCGACUGGUUACGUCUAUAAGGAUUAAAGUGUAAUCUGAAGUUCCGUUGGAUUUUCAGAAUGUCGUUACGGAAAGAGCAAUUACGAUUUAUUAUUAUUUUUAUAUUUUAUUACGCAAAAGAGGAGAGAGUCAAAGUAUUGUAUUAGAGCGCGAUUGUUAAGUCUGAUGUAUGCGUGAAGAAGCGAAAUACAUUUCUCAGCUUUUAAAUGUAUUGUAUAGUGUACCGAAAUGGUAAGCGUAGUGUAACAUAUCUACAAUUUCUGUCCAGAUUACAGUCUUUUAUUUAGCUAUCCGAUUUAUAAAAGUAUAUUUUUACUGCAUCACGCGAAAUAAAGCAUUAUUACAUACAUGCUGCGGAAGUAUUUAUACAAUGUAAGUGAGCAAUACACCGUGCGAUGCCAAAAUGUUAUUAAAAUUAUAUUGUAUAGACUAUUGCACACGCAGAAAAAGGAAAUGUGUACUGCACUGCAGUUUUUAUUCGUCUUACGCUCCGUUUCUCUGAUAAAACUAAAUCUUUAUAAAUUUUCACACGCAUGACUAUUUUUAUAAAUAGAGAUUCAUUAUGAAGACAAUCUUCGAGUCUUAUUGCGUCCUGUAAAUAAAUUGCCGAAUUAAUGUGAGAUUCAUAACUGUGUAUAUGAUAAAUCGAACUACUUUGUCGGAGUAAUCACUUGACAAAGAGCAAAAAACAUUUUACGCUUGAAGGUGAUGUUUUUGAAAGAUCGCCUUUGAGUCUUCCAUCCUAGCGUCUGCAUAGAAACCUACGAUUCUUCAACUCCGUAUAAUAAGUAUUAUGUUAACAUAUUAUGACCAAUGCUUUUGUAAUAUGAAUUUGUGAUAAAUAGCUAUACUAAUAUAUUAAUAAUUGUUUUGCAUA